AUGGCUACCACAGUUCUUCGGCUCGCUCGUUUCUCACAGCGUGCCUCCUUCUUCUCUAGGUCUACACUAGCGGCGAAUACGACCCAGCAACGGGCUAUAUCACUCCAGUCCUAUGUAGUCACGCCAAAGGAGCUCCAUGAAGCCCUGAAGGAAAAUGUGCCAACGAAAAUAUCCUCCACUCCUCGGGUUAUUCCGCUAUGCGCCGCCUGGUUCAUGCCUAAUGACCCAGAGGGCCGCACCGGGCUCAUGACAUUCAAGAAGAAGAGGAUCCCCAAUGCGCGCUUCUUUGACAUUGAUGUCGUGAAAGAUACCAAUUCCCCCUAUCCUCACAUGCUUCCGUCGAAGGAGAAAUUUGCUGAAGCCAUGCAAUCGAUGGGCAUUCGUCGCGAUGACAGAGUAGUAGUAUACGAUACGGAAGAACAAGGGAUACUCAGUGCUCCCCGUGUUGGAUGGACUUUAAGAGUGUUUGGACAUCCCAAUGUGCAUGUUUUAAAUAACUUUAGGCUGUGGGUUAGGGAAGGUUAUCCUGUCGAAGAAGGCGAAGUGGCGCCAAACGAAUCCUCGGACUACGUAGUCGACGACCACUAUCCAAACAGAGUGGUCCAUUUUGAGGAGAUGAAGGAGAUGGGCGAAGAUUACGGCAAGGAAGGCUCCGACGCAGUCCAGAUCAUAGACGCUCGUCCUGCCGGUCGAUGGGCAGGAAAAGAUAAAGAGCCCAGGGCCGGUCUUUCUUCUGGUCAUAUGCCCGGAUCGCAAUGCAUACCACUCGGCGAUUAUCUGGACCCAGAAACGAAAACUCUGCGUUCUCCCGAAGAGUUACGGCAAUUGUUCGAGUCAAGGGGGGUUGAUCGGAACCGACCUGUCAUCACCACCUGUGGAUCUGGCGUCACAGCUGCCGUUAUUGAUCUUGCAUUGGAACAAGCAGACUACAUCCCUCAGGAAAACAGACGAGUUUAUGACGGAAGCUGGACGGAAUGGGCGUCGAGAGUGACGGAAGAGAGCGGCCUCAUCCGGAAGACCUAA